AUGGAGAAGACAGGCGAGCGGUCAGGGGGCGAGAGUGAGGCGCGAAGAAAGACGGUUUCUUCUUCCGGAGAAGAGGGCUCGGGGACGGAAGAAGGAAUGGGGAGCGAGGAAGGCAUGCAAAGCCGAGAAGAGCAGAGCGAAGAGAGAGAAGAAGAAAUGGAAGAAGAUAGUGAAGAACAAGAUGACGAAGAGGCGCAGGAACGCCUUAUGCUUGCGGAAGCCAAAAACCUCUCCGCGGAAGUGAAACAAAAUCCUUGGCGGGGCGCAGACGGCGCGCUGACCUUCCAGCGGCUCACCGAGCUGUACAGACACCUCGGCGAAUACGAAAAGCUGAAUCGCACGGCGCGCCUGUGCUGCGUCUACUGCCCAGUGGGCGAGGAGUUUCUUCUUUCGUGGCUAGAGGAGGAGAAGCGCGUCGCGCGUCUGCUCUCCAGUUCUUCCUUUGAGUCUUCGUGUUCCGCGGCCUUUCCUUCGCACCAGCCGCUUCCUCGCGAGCAACACCGGCACAUCGAGCGCCUCUACCGUUUGUCGCGGUUCGUCUUGCCGUCUGUCUCGCUCGCGCUGAGCCACUUGCGCUUCGAGGAGGCUGCAGUCUUCGCGUCUCUUCCCGGCGCCUUCCCCGGCGCGGUCUCCGGCUCGUCCUCUUCGCCGUCGGGGGCGUCGACGCGGAAGAUCCGCGACAUGUUUGAAGAGGCGCUAGACGACUUUGCCUUGCACGCGCUCGAGGGCCCCGUUCUCUGGGCGGCGUUCCGCCACUUUGAGGGCGCCGUUCUCGACCAGCUGCGCAGGCGCAGAGAACAGCUGGACGCACAGAGCAAGACGCGCGAGAAGGCGGAGCGCGCGGGAAAGGACGGCGCGCGAGAGGACGCGCGCGAACUGGACAAAGAAAUCGCCAAGCAAAUGCAAAGAAUCCACCGCCUGUUCUGCAGGCAGCUGCAACUCCCGCUGGCCGGGCUCGGAGACCUCCUCGACGAAUACCGUCUGUGGGAUUCUGAGGUUUUCCCGCGGCCCCUCGGCGAGGCGGAAGGCGAGGAGGCGCGCAGUCGCCGCGAGUGGCUGGGGGCGGCGGAGGCGGCGCAUGCAGUCGGCUUGUCGGUGUGGCAGCGCGAGCGAAAGGAUUUCGAGAUUGAGGUACAAAGCGCCUUCGACGACGACCAGGCGAACAAGCAAAUCUCGUGCACAGCUCGCGUGUGGCGAGCGUACUUGGCCUCUGAGAGGCGCUCCGGAGACCCGCGGCGGUUCUACGCGACGACGCUGCGUGCGCUCGAGGAGCUCGGCUCGGUCCACCUGCAGCUGUGGAAGGACUCGGCGGACGCGUUUUACUCGCUUUCCCUCGAGUUCGCCGCUCGCGCGCAGACGGACAAAGACGGAGAGGACACGAAAUCCGAGAGGAAGCCGCGAAGCAGGCGAGGCGCGGAGAAGAAGUGGGCGCUCGCCGAGGGCUGGUGUCUCCUCCCAGACGAGGAGCACGAAGAACCGAACGAGGGUCGAGAACGAGUGGUCUGUUCCCGCUGGCUGCUCGAGAAGGAACUGGUUCUGCUCCAAAGAGGCAUUCGCCACUUCCCGCGCGACCGCUCGCUCUGGACUCGGUACAUCCAGUGCUCGGCGGAAUUCGUUGCGAACGCUGACCAGCUUCAGACGAUUCGCGACACUGCAUGUGUGAAGGCUCUCAACCUCCCGCCUGCUCUGCUCGCCACGCCUCGCUCUCCAAAACCUUCCUUUUCCCCCGCGGAUGGCGCCGCCGUGGAAAUGCAGCUGGCCUUUGCGAAGGGGUUGGUGGCUGUCGCGAGGCGGGUGACGGCGCGCCUCGCUGCUGACGACGGGGAAGCCCAGCGGCGCUCCGCGGAAGGCGCCGCCGCGUCUACGAGGGAGUCGCUCCGAGCCCUCGUUCACCGCGCGCGAGAUGCGUUCUGCCUCGCAGUAACUCUGGCGGAGACGCGCGCCGCCGCCCCUGCGUCUUCAGCCUCACCGAGUGUUGCUUCUCUCUCUGUGGACGCAGAGCCUGCGAGUGCGUCGCCGGCGCCGCCCGGCUCGGCGGGGAGCUCUCAGCUGCUUCCGGCGGCUCUCGUUGCUCACGCCAAGGGCGAGGCCGAGCUCCUGCACGUCUGCCGGGAGGCUCGGGUCGGUCUCGAGGCGACGAGCGCGGUCCAGACCGCGCUCAGUCUCGUCGGGAGACUGCAGGCGUGUCCGUCGGAGCCGCGCGCGUGGCUGGCCGCCGGUGCGCUCCUCGCCGAGCUCGUCCUCGCGCUGCACGGAGAGAAGAAGGGCGCGAGCGAAGGCCCCGAGAGAGAGAGAGGCGAAGACGUUCAGCAGUUCGUCGCCAGGUGGAUGCUCGCGGCGCAGGCUGCGCUGGCGGGUGACGAAGCAGAAGUCGCCGCGGCGCGGGAAGAGCUGGAACUUCGCUGGAAGGAGGUUGCGUCGCUCGUCUCGUUUUCGCCUGCGGCUUCGCUCACGUGUUCGUCGCCGCGCUCAUCGUCUUCGCUCUCGUCAGCCCACGCCUCGGGCAUCUCUUCGCCGCGGGGCAAGGACAAGCCGCGCGAAGGAGAAGGCAGCGCCUCCUCGCCCACCGUCGCCAGUCGAGAUUCUUUUUUCCGCUCGGGCGCGGACAUGUCUGAGCAGAGAGACCGCCGACAGCCCGCGAGGGAGAGCGGCGAAGACGGCGAACGAAGCCUCGCGAGUCCUGGACUGGUCCCGGCAGACGAAGACGCGGAAAAAGAGAGGGCUGCAGUCUGUCUCUCCUCGAUUCUGCGGUUGCGGAAGAAGAGGCAGCGGCUUCAGGGCGAGACGGACUGGGAAACGUCGUCGGACUGCUCCACCGACAGCGUGGCGGUGGCAGUCGGAGUGCCCUCGUCUGGGAAUUCUCCCGAGCUUCUCUCGUCUCUCUCACUGCUCCAUCCUUCGUCUCUCAAAGGGGCGACGCCUGGCUCGGUCCUUUCCAGCGGGUCUGGCCCCGCCAACCACGCGACGCAGUCUUGCUUCUUUCCUUCGCUCGCGGCCUCGCCGACCGGCCCCGAGCACUGUCUCUUCUCCACUGCCGCGGCAGGCGCGUCGCCCCUCCUCUCGAUGCUGUCUCCAGGCUCCCGGGCCUCGUCGGCGCAUCCGUUCCCAGCGCCUGUCGCCGCCUCGCCGACCGCCGGCGCCCGGAAACUCGCCGGCGCCGGAGACUCGCGCGCGGCCGCAAACAACUCAGGUCCGACUCUCCCGCCGUUGCUCCUCACCCCCGCGGUCGGAUCGGUGUCGGGCCUCGGUGCGCAGCAACUCGCCAACGGCGCCGACCGCGCGGGGGUUUCCGGCCAGCAGGUUGCGCGCGCGCUCGCAGAAGCCGGCGCGAAGAAGAAGAAGCUGCGAGGCCGCUCGAGUUCCGGAUCCGCAUGCGCCGGGGGGACCGAGUCCGGCAUGCUCACGGCUGGUCUACUGCCCGCGGGCGCGGCCGCGCCGCCGGGGGAAGAAGGGCGAGAGGCGACGCCACGCGCUGCGAGUUCGGGCGCCGGCGCAGGGACUGCCGGGGACGGAGGAGCCUUGUCUCCGGCGUUGGAGCCCGCGGCGACGUCAGAGAAAGGCCUCGCGCUGCCGCCGACUUCGCUCUCGGCGUCGCUGCACUUUGGCGGGGCCGAGAGUCACCUUUCUUCCUUUUUCUCUGGGCGCGUCGGCGCAAGCAGUCUCCAAGGCGCGGGGGCUGAGGCGCAGUGCCCUCCCGCAGCCCUCGCGGGCGCCGCGCGCUACGCCUCUUCGCCGUCGUCCUUCUCCCGGUCGGCGUCGCCUCGGACGCCGCUGUCGCCUUCGCUCUCGCGCUCCUCGCGCUCGCCCUCGCCGUCAGUGUCGCGGCGGAACUCGGGCGCGUUUUUGCCGCUCUUUGGAGGCGCCGAGAGGGACAAAGGCCUGGGGGGCGAGCGCGCGCAGCUGGCUAGCUCGGGUUCGACGCUCUUUCUCUCGCCGGACGAAAUCGAGAGGGCGACGCGAGCGACAUGGGACGGCCACGAGUCGGCGGAUCCUUCUCUCGCGCCUCCCGUCCCGCCGUCUUCGCCCAAGUCUUCGCCGCGCAUGCUCCCCUCUUCGCCUUCUCUCGGCUUCGCGGCUGUCCCCACCUCGCUCUCUGGCGAGCGCGGCGCGGCGCGAACUCGCGGAGACAAAAGUCGCCACGGAGGCCCCGACCCCUCCAGCGGGGCGGGGACAACGCCCACUGCUCCCGGUCCUUCUUCUUUGUCUCCUCACCACGCGAGUGUUUCUCGCGAACCUGGCGUGAGUCUGUCGGGCUUUGUGGAGUCGCACGGCAGUCGCCGCACGUCGGGUGAGGACGAGGCUGUGGAGAAGCGCGAAAAGGGCGAGGCGGGCAAGACAGAGAAGGUCGGAAGUCUUGACGCGUUCGCCUCGCCCAAUGCGAGUGCAGCUAUGCCCCCGCCGCCGUUCACCCCGCGGAGACAGAGCCGGCGAGCGGCGCCGAGCGCGCAGCGAGAGGAGGGCGAGAGAGAGGAGCCUCGGCGCGAUCGGAAGCGUGGCGAGGAGGAGAAAGAAUCUAGAGGCGAAGCAGACGAGCGCGGGCACGACAAGCGACGCAGAAAACGGGAAGACGACUCGGGAAGCCCGACACUCUGCGGGGGGACAGGCGAGGAGACAAGGGAAAGCGAAGGACAAAGCGGAGGGCAAGGCCGAGAGGAGACCGGUGAAGGAGAGAAGGACGAACGCGACACGAAGGACGCACGCGAACACGAUAGCGUUGUGCCUCGACGAGGGAAACACAUCCACCAACUCCGUGCGGCUGAGCAGACGCAGCAGGACGUGGCGCUGGACGAGAACCUGCCGCAGGCGGCCGAGGACGAGGCGCUGCGCAUCGCUGCGUGCAUGGGGAAAGUCGAGGAAAAACAGACGGUGUGGAUUUCGAACCUCGACGAAUCCGUCACGGAACACGACCUCCUCCUCCACUUCCAGGCCUGUCCAGGAUUCACAGGCGUUCGCCUUGUCCUCGAUUUCCGGCGACGGUCCAAGGGGUUUGCCUAUGCAGACUUUGAUAGCCCGAGUGCUGCUGCGGCGGCGGCUGCGUGCAUGCACGGCGUGAAGAUCCACGAGCGGCCGAUGAAGGUUUUGGUCUCUCAGCCGACGCGGAGCGUCUACGAAGAGAAGACGCUUUUCAUCUCGCAAGUCGCGGAGCACCUCGGCGAGGAAGACGUGCGCCGCGAACUGGGCAAUCUCGGCUUCGCGAACAUCGGCGGCGUGCGUCUCAUUCGCGCAGGCGCCCCGGCGCAGGGCGAGAAAAGAGACGAAACGGGCACUGGAAAACACAAAGGGUACGGGUACAUUGACUUCCCUUCUCAAGAGGCGGCGGUGGAGGCAUUGCAUUUCUUCCUGCACCAGCGGCGAGAUGCCAAGGGCGAGGAGACCCCGGAGAAGUUUCUGCUCGGCGGCGAGCCGUUCCGCCUGGCUCCGUCCAUUCCGAUGAAGAAACAUCGGUGGAUUCUCGCGCCUCCAAACAAAGAAACAGUGAAGCGCGAGCAAGAAGUGAGGAAGGAGGCGCCGGUCGACGCAACAACGAUCUUCGUGAAGAACCUCGCCUUCUCCGUCGUCGAAGAGGAUCUGGCCAAUCACUUUGCCACUCUAUGUAACGUCACACCCUCCCAGACGGUUGUGUGUAGGGAUGUGAACGGCAAGUCCCGGGGCUUCGCCUUUCUCAAAUUCGACAGCGAGGGCGACGCCAUGGCCGCCAUGCUCGCGAACGACUCGACUCUCAACGGGCGGCCCAUGACAGUCUCCAGGUCGACGCGCAGCAUCACCACGCCGAAGAAUCCUGCGCGGCCUCGCGGCGCCGGGCGGUCCCAACCUCUCGGCGAGAGACAGCGACCGGGUUUGGGUUUCGACUCGCGCCGGGGCCACCAGAAACCCCGCCUAGCUCUCGGAGACACUGGGCGCAGAGGCCUAGAGGAGCGCGAAAAGCAGGCGGCCUCCUCUUCUCUUUCUUGCUCGGCGGGGCGAGGCGGCGAGGACAGAGAGAAAGAGAACGAAGGAAAGGAAGCGGAGAUGCACGAAGAGAAGGAACCGAUGAAAGAGGAGAAAGAACCGAUGAAGGAAGAGAAAGAACCCGUGAAGGAAGAGACGGGCGGGAAGACAGAGGGGGACAAGACGAAGACAAAUGCGUACUUUCGGCAGUUGUUUCUCUCUGGAGGCCUUUAG